CGCGAGUGGUGAACAUGUUACAUACAACUCUCUUUGGAUUUCUUCUGCUGAUAUCUGCGCGCGAAUAUGGCUGCAGUAUGGUCGAGAUUAAUGCGACGACGUUCGCGGAGCUCCCGCCGCUGUUCGCAUUGGACAGCUGGGCGCAGUGCCAGGGCGAAGGCGCCGUCUGGUGCAUCGUGGAUGCCGCCCUGGUGUCCGAGGAGCCUUCCGCGACCUUGAGUCUGUUACAAGAAUACUCGCAAGAAACCCUGAAGCACUACAACAGGACGCUAGUGCACCGGGGCAUGUGUGUGUCUCGUUGUGGGAGCGAGGACGACGGGCCGGAGCCCUGGAAGACGGCUGCUACGAACUGCAUCAACCAGGAUCUGGCCAAAUAUGGCCUGCAGGGCGAGGUGUUAUCAGUGGCGUUCUGCACGCGGCCGGCGCGCGAGGCGGGCGGCGGCGCGCGCGCAUUCGCCGUGCUCUCCGUGGGACUAUGCGCGCUCGUGCUGCUCGCUACCACGCUGCACGUGCUCGGCGAGCGAUGCGCUAAGGUUGACGGUAACAAGUACCUGCUGGCGUUUUCCCUGAAGAAGAACUGGGCGAUCCUCACGUACAACCGCACCAAGCCCCGAAGCGACCAGAGGAUGAAGGAUCUCACCGCCAUGGAAGGGAUUCGGGUGCUUGGGAUUCAGUGUGUCAUAUUUUCACACGUUCUUCUGGUCCAUGUUUAUUCCUACUCUGACAACCCGAACUACGUUGAGAAGAUGUACGACCAGUUCGGCUGGCAAACGGUUCUGAACUCACCAGUGUGGCUGCAGACCUUCUUCUCCAUGUCGGCGUUCCUCACCACGUAUUCCGUACUCAUCACCGUCGACAAGAGUCCCAUCACCCUUGUCAAAUGCGUCAUGUCCGUCAUCAACAGAUACAUCAGGUUAACCCCUGCUGCCGGCUACGCCCUAUGGUUCACGAUGACGUGGUACCCACUCAUGGGGUCGGGCCCACUAUGGGGCUGGCUGGUGGAGCGCGAGGCGGCCGACUGUUCCGAACGCUGGUGGUACCACAUCCUGUACGCGCAGAACCAUUUGUCGAUGGGCAAGUUCUGCAUGGGGCACACUUGGUACUUGGCAGCGGAUCUACAGCUCCACGCGAUAGGUUUACUGGUGCUGCUGGUGAUAGCUCGCUGGCGGCGCGCGGCCGCGCCGGUGCUGGCGAUCCUGGUGCUGGGCUCCGCGCUCUCCGCCGGCCUCGUGUCCUACUUCUAUGACGUCACGCCCAUCGUCACGGACAGGCCCCUGAGUGAGUCUCUGCGCACCUGGUUUGCCGGGUCAAAAACCUUGAUGCUGCUGUACCUACCAAGCUGGAUGAACCUGGUGGGCUACGCGGCCGGCAUGGCCACCGCCUUCGUCUACCACUACACGCAGGUCGAGGGCUACAAGCUCAACCAGAACAAGUGGUUCAACCUGUCAUUCCACGCGGCCAUUACCCUGGGCUCGUGCGUGGUGUUCGCGGGAGUAGUAUUCCUUCGCGACGCGCCACCACCGCGCUGGGCCGCCGCGCUCUACGCUGCCCUUGAUAGGACCCUGGUGGCGAUGGCCUUCAACGUCUUCCUGCUGGGCUGCAUCAGCAAGUGCAAGUCCGGGCUCAAGGAUAUGCUGGAGUGGCGCGGGUUCCACUUCCUAGGCCGCGUGUCGUACUGCGUGUUCCUGGUGCACUUCAUCGUGCUGCGGCUGACCGUCGCCGGCUCCACGCAGCUCGUGCAUACCUCCAUCUCCGCAAUGAUAAACCUGCUAAUAUCAGUAACAGUGCUAUCCUACCUGGUGGCCAUCCCAUACUGCCUGGUCAUCGAGCUGCCAGCCCUUCAAUUGUGGAAGGCAAUCUUCGAGGAGGACCGGACUGAGAGGAGGCCACAGGAACCCUCAAACCAGCCCGCACCAGCUAUCAAGCCCUUAGACUUGGUAGCUAACAUCAGAAGGAGGCAGGAGGUUUAAAGUUUAAUUACUGUAAAUAGAACAGGUGUGACUUCAGGAGUCCUUGGGUUAGCCUGCGCCUGCUAUCAAGGAAGGAGGAGGCAGGAGGUUUAAAGUUUAAGUACUGUAAAUAGGACAGAAGUGAGAGGAGGCUUCAGGACUCAGUGAACUAGCCCGCACCAGCUAUCAAGCCCCUGGUCACUAACAUCAGGAAGAGGCAGGAGGUUUAAUAUUUAAGUACUGUAAAUAGAACAGGUGUGACUUCAGGAGUCCUUGAGUUAGCCUGCGCCUGCUAUCAAGGAAGGAGGAGGCAGGAAGUUUAAAGUUUUAAGUACUGUAAAUAGAACAGGAGUGAGAGGAGGCUUCAGGACUCAGUGAACUAGCCCGCACCAGCUAUCAAGCCCUUGGACUUGGUCGCUAAUAUCAGGAGGCGACAGGAA